AUGGCAGCGCAGCGGCUGGGCAAGCGGGUGCUGAGCAAGCUGCAGGCUCCGUCGCGGGCCCGCGGGCCGGGGGGCAGCCCAGGAGGGCUGCAGAAAAGGCACGCGCGAGUCACGGUCAAGUACGACCGGCGCGAGCUGCAGCGGCGGCUGGACGUGGAGAAGUGGAUCGACGGGCGCUUGGAGGAGCUGUACCGCGGCAGGGAGGCGGAUAUGCCUGACGAGGUAAACAUUGAUGAGCUGCUGGAACUGGACAGUGAGGAGGAGAGGAGCCGGAAGGUCCAGGGACUCCUGAAAUCGUGCACGAACCCCACAGAGGACUUCGUCCAAGAGCUGCUGACCAAGCUGCGAGGCCUCCACAAGCAGCCGGGUCUCCGCCAGCCCAGCCCCUCUGAUGAAGGCAGCCCACGCCCCCUGCAGGACCGCGCGCCGACUGCGCCCCCCUGA